UAUCGCGUCCCUAGACACAACCCUAGACUUCCUCCUGCUCUUUCCUUCCCAGUGAACAAAGCCAGCAUACCUCACACUCCUUCGCAGCGGCGAUGGCUUCCGGCGGUGCUGCCUCCACCAUCAACAGCAACAGCAACAGCAACAGCAGCGUUGUGGUCGCCUCUGCCGCACCCGCGGUCGAGUGGCACCUGAGGCCUCCCAACGCUAAGAAUCCCAUCGUUUUCUUCGACGUCACCAUCGGGUCCAUCCCCGCCGGCCGCAUCAAGAUGGAACUCUUCGCUGACAUCGUCCCGAGGACGGCCGAAAACUUCAGGCAAUUUUGCACUGGAGAAUACAGAAAAGCAAAUUUACCAAUUGGUUACAAGGGAUGCCAGUUCCAUCGAGUAAUUAAGGACUUUAUGAUUCAAGGAGGUGAUUUUCUCAAGGGUGAUGGAAGUGGCUGUAUAAGUAUCCAUGGAAGUAAAUUUGAAGAUGAAAAUUUUAUUGCAAAGCAUACGGGCCCUGGUUUGCUUUCUUUGGCAAACAAUGGGGCAGAUAGUAAUGGAUGCCAGUUCUUUAUAACAUGCGCAAAAUGUGACUGGCUAGACAACAAGCAUGUAGUCUUUGGGAGAGUUCUAGGAGAAGGGCUCUUGGUUGUCAGGAAGAUCGAGAAUGUGGCUACAGGACCGAACAAUCGCCCAAAGCUUGCUUGCGUGAUAGCCGAAUGCGGAGAAAUGUAGAAAGUUCAGUGUUCCUCGACUUUGUUGAUUCAGUGGCAUGUCAGCAGUUAGACAACACGAACUUGCCAAUGUCUUUUUACAUGCAGGCACUGUAUGAUGAUAUUGUUUAUUUAUGGAUAAUCUAACAAAAUAGGAAUAGAAAUAUGAAUAUUAGAUCUUCAAUCA